UAGUCAAGUCGUCGUCCCCGAGUCAACGCGAAGCAGCAAUCACCUCCUAAAAAAACCUCACUCCCCCUCCUCCUCCUCCUCCCCAAAACCUCCGCGAUUCCGAGCUCCUCCGAUCUUCGAUCGUCCGUCGUCCCCGCCGCGUCGAAUUAGGGUUCCGAUCGGCGAAUCGAGCGCGGCCUCGUCGGUCGACGGCUCCGCGCCGCCGACGAUCUGAGCUCCGCGGCUCGAGGGCGUCGGAGAUAUGUCGAGGCCUCAGGUCACGAUCACGCUCGGUCGGUCCGGUCAGGUAGUUAAGAGGGCUGGGAAUGCAUUGAAUGAUUCUCGAGCAGCGCCACUUCCGAAAUCUGGAGUUAAGCGCUCUAUAAAGGAGAGACUUGGAGGGAAAGCUGACGGUCUUUUUCAUGGAAGUGUCAAGAGACGGAGGGCCGAGAGCAAUAUUAAGAGCUUGAAUGGUGCUGGAGACCUUCGCAUCAAGCUCAUGCACAGGAACAAGACAAGGCAGGCUAGUGGCAAUGUUAGAGAGCAAGAUCACAUUAAUGCCCCCAUUAAUAUUCGUAGGACUGUCCAUUCUCCUCUGAGCUCAUAUACAGUGCAACAUUCACUUGAGCCAAAACUUGAUAGCCCUUUGAGGAGAAUUCCACCGACAAGAAGUGCUGAAGAUUUACUAGAGCUGAAUUCAAUGCGAAAGUCUUAUUCUUCUUGGACUCAUAAUGGGUUCCAACAUGGGUCCCCAGAUAGAAUAUUCAGUUCAAGGGGCCUUUCACCACCAAGGCCAAUCAAUGGCCAGCAAGAAUUACUUAUGUAUGGACCAAUUGAUGCACCAAGAGUUCCUACACAGGUUGCAAGAAAUGUCUAUGAUCAUGCAGUUGCAGGGCCACACUCCUCUUCACAUUUUGUGACAAGAACACCUUUGCCUCUGGAUUCUGCUAGGUCUCUGCCACGAUCGCAUCCACGUGGGGCCAUCUCACAUAGAAGUUUUUAUGCGGUACAGGGACCGCUUACCAUUGGGCCUUUCUUAAAUUCUCUUGGCUUGGGAAAGUAUGCCAUUCUUUUUCAGGCUGAGGAAAUUGAUAUGGAUGUACUGAAGCAGAUGCAGGACGAUGACCUCAAAGAGAUGGGCAUACCAAUGGGACCCAGGAGAAAGAUUCUUCGUGCUCUCUUGUCUCGUUCGAGACGCGUGUAGAAAUCUGAUGCUUUCACUUCUUUGGUAUACUUUUAUUUAUUUAUCUUUUUUCUCCUGCGUUUCCUUCGUAUCUGGUGGAGAGAGGGAAACGGUGUCAUGAAGAGGAAGGACCAGGUGAUGGGUUGGUGCAGGUAAUCCAAUGUUGUAUUAUCUUUUGGAUGCCAUUCCGAGUUCUUUGUAUUAAAAUAAAUACCAUAAGCUUGUACGUGCGUUGGACAUAAAUCCGGCUAUUAGGCUCUGUGAACAUAUUUGAUGCUUCCCCCUAAAUCUGAUUUUUCCUUUUAAUUAGUAA